AUGCCCAAUAGCAAUGUCGAGAAGGGUAGCAGCACGGAGACGGACCCAGGCAAGGAGGAUGUCAUCGGAGGAAGCUCCCACGACGCGGAUUCCGAAAGCACCGAACAGGCGAGCGGCAGCCCGUUGAAGCUGAUCUACGAUGCAGCGAGCAAGACAGACGUGGUCGUCGUAUCCGUGUCUCUCGUCUCGGCAGUGAUCGGAGGCGCUCUGAUGCCGCUGAUGACGAUCGUCUUCGGCAAGAUGACCGGAGAGUUCCAGACCAUCACGACGUCGUCGUCAAGCAGCGGCGGAGACAGCUACGGCGGAGGCAGCUACGGCGGCCGGCUCGACACCUUCACGCUGUAUUUCGUGUACCUGGCCAUUGCCGAGUUCGUCACCGUGUACGUGACGACGGUCGGGCUGACGCUGGCCGGGGAGCGCAUCAGCUGCACGCUGCGCACACGCUACCUCUCGGCGGUCCUCAGCCACGGGGUCGCCGCGCUCGCCGACACGCCCAACGCCCGCGGCGAAGUGUCGCUUCGGCUCAGCAGCGACGCCGAACUGGUGCGCACGGCACUGACGUCCAAGCUGGGGCGCGCGGUGUCGGCGAUGUCGACAGUGGUCACGGCCUUCGUCGUCGGCUUCGUCUUCUCGUGGCGGCUGGCGCUGGUGCUCUCGUCGACGCUCGUGGCGUUCGUGCUCAUCGUCGGGAUCGCGUCCGGAUCCAUCGUCAAGUACACGGGGCAGGGGGCGGCGGCGGAGGGAGCGGCGGCGACGGUGGCGUCGGAGGCGCUGGCGGGGGUGCGGCAGGUGGCGGCCAACUGCGCGCAGGAGGCGGUGGCGGGCAGGUAUGCGGCGCGGCUGCUCGACGCGCGGCGGCCGGGCGUGGCGGGCAAGGUGGCCGGGGCGCUGAUGAUGGCGGCCGUCACGGGCGUCAUGUUGCUUGCGUACGCGCUGGCGUUCUGGCAGGGCUCGCGGUUCCUGGUGGCCGGGGUGUUGUCGCUGGCCGACGUGCUGAUCGUGCUGCUCGCGGUGCUAUUGGGCACGGUGUCGCUGGGGCUCUCUGGUCCGGAUGCGCAGGGCGUUGGGGCGGGUCUGGCGGCGGCGGCGCGGAUCCACAGCGCGGCUUCUCCACCACCAUCUCCACCACCAGCACAGGCGCAGCCGCAGACGCCGCAGCCGCAGCCGCACGGCCGAGAGGGCGGCGUCAGCGGCGUCGUCUCCUCAGGCCACAUGCAGUUCCGGGACGUCGACUUCCACUACCCCAGCCGCCCCGACGUCGGCGUGCUCUCCGGCUUCAGCCUCGACGUGGCGGCGAACAAGACGACGGCGGUGGUGGGGCCGUCCGGGUCGGGCAAGAGCACGCUGGUCAGCCUGCUGGAGCGCUUCUACAGCCCGUCGGCGGGCAGCAUCACGCUGGACGGGGCGCCGCUGCAGAGCCUCGACGUGCGCUGGCUGCGGCGGCAGCUGGCGCUGGUGGGGCAGGAGGCCAUGCUGUUCGACGCCACCGUGUUCGAGAACAUCGCGCACGGCUUGGUCGGGUCCGCGUGGGAGCACGAAAACGACGAGGUGAAGCGCGAACGGGUAAGGCGGGCGGCGGAAACGGCCAACGCCCACGGUUUUGUGGAGAUGCUGCCGCAAGGCUACGACACGCGGGUGGGCGAGCGCGGGGCCCUGCUGUCAGGCGGCCAGAAACAGCGCAUCUGCAUCGCGCGGGCCAUCGUGGCGGAUCCGAAGAUCCUCUUGCUCGAUGAGGCCACGUCCGCCCUGGAUCCGGUUUCAGAGCGCCAGGUCCAGCACGCCCUGCGCACCGCCAUGCAGGGGCGCACCAACUUGGUCAUCGCUCACCGCCUGUCCACCAUCAAGGACGCCGACUGCAUCGCCGUCAUGGCCGACGGCCGCAUCGUCGAGCAGGGCUCCUACGCAGACCUGGUCGAGCGCCGCGGCGCCUUUCAUCGCCUGCUGGAGGCCCAGAGCCUGGCCGUGCAGGAACCCGAGACCGGCGCAGCCGAUGCCGUGCCACCUGCCGCCGCCGACGACGCAAAGCUUGAAUCACCCCCGGCCAGCGACGCCGAAAACGCACCUGACGACGAACACGACAGCACCCCGCCCCGCCCCGCAACCCGCUUCAUCUCCGCCCUGCGCGCCCACGACCGCCCCAUGCUAUUGGUCAGCAUGGUCUUCUCCGUCCUUUGCGGCUGCUUGAGCACCGCCCAAUCCGUCGUGCUGUCGGCAUGCAUCGCCGCCUUCGGCAAGAACGCGUACAACCACGCGCGGCUGCGGCACGACGUCGACUUCUGGGCCGCCAUGAUGCUGAUGCUGGCCUUCGUCGGCGCCGCCCUGCAGAGCGGCCAGGGCGUGGCGCUGGCUGUCUGCUCCGAAAGCAUGGUCCGCCGCGCUCGCACCACCAUCUUCCAGCACCUGCUGCGCCAGGACAUGUCCUUCUUCGACAUGCCUGCCCACUCGGCCGGCGCUCUCAGCACCCUACUCACCGGCCGGGCCGCGGAUUUAGACGGGCUCAGCGGGGGCUCGCUGGGCAUGCUGCUGGUGGGCGCCUCCACCAUAAUCUCCGGUCUCAUCGUUGCCAUUGCCAUCGGCUGGAAGCUGGGGCUCGUUUGUACAGCAACCGCUCCCGUGCUUCUGGCCGCUGGCCACCUGCGUCUGUCGUUCCUACGCAAAAAUGAGGAGCGCACGUCAAAGGCGUACGCGGCCGCCACGACCUACGCAACCGAGGCGUGUGGCUGCAUCCGCGUCGUGGCCUCCCUCACGUUGGAAGACACGGUGCUGCGCCGCUACAGCGCCACCCUCACCUCGCAGGCCCGCAAGAAUGCCGUCUCCACUUGCAAGGCCUCUAUUUUCUUCGCCCUUAGCCAAGCCCUCGUCUACUGCUCCUUCGCCCUGUGCUUCUGGUACGGCGGCCGCCUGAUGGCGCGCGGCGAGUACUCGAUGCUGCAGUUCUUCAUCUGCUACUCGACCGUCAUCUUCGGUGCCCAGUCGGCGGGCAAUGCGCUCUCAGCCGCCGCCGACACGUCCAAAGCACGCGCCGCCGCCCGCGACUUCGAAGCCGUGGCCCAGAUGAUGCCCACCAUCGACGUCGACGACACGAAGCACGGCAGUUCGGACCCUCUCCCCCCGCCGCCCAUCCGCGGCGAGAUCGCCUUCAACAACAUCUCCCACACCUACCCCACCCGCGCCUCCCACGGCCCCUCCCUCACGGACAUCACCCUGCACAUCCCCGCCGGCACCUUCGCCGCCAUCGUCGGGCCCUCGGGCUCGGGCAAAUCCACCCUCCUCGCCCUCCUCGAGCGCUUCUACGACCCCUCGACCGGCUCCAUCACCCUCGACGCCACCCGCGACAUCCGCACCCUCCCCCUCGCCCGCCUGCGCCAGUCCAUCGCCCUCGUCUCGCAAGACACGCUGCUCCUCUCGGGCACCGUCCGCGACAACAUCACGCUCGGCCUCGACACGGCCACGGCCUCGGACGCCGCCAUCGCCGCCGCCGCCAUCGCCGCCGCCGUCGCCGACGCCGCCCUCGCCGACGUCAUCGCCUCCCUGCCCGAGGGGCUCGACACGCACGUCGGCGGCCUCGGCGGCGCCGCGCUGUCGGGCGGCCAGCGCCAGCGCGUCGCCAUCGCCCGCGCCCUGCUGCGCCGCCCCGCCGUGCUGCUGCUCGACGAGGCCACGAGCGCCCUCGACACGGCGAGCGAGCGCGUCGUCCAGGACGCGGUGGUGCGCGCGGCGCGCGGCCGCACCACCGUCGCCGUCGCGCACAGGCUGAGCACCGUGAGGGAUGCCGAUCGCAUCUUCGUCAUGGAUGCUGGCCGUGUGGUUGAGAGCGGGACGCAUGGCGAGUUGGUGGCGAGGCGUGGGUUGUAUGCGAGCAUGGUGGCGGCGCAGAGUUUGGAGUAG